AUGCAAGAACUACGGCUUUGCUGGACGGGUGAUUUGGAGAAAUUGAAGCUUUUUGUAAGCAAGAAUGUUGAUUUUGUCGGCGUAUGGACUUCACCAGGCAAUGAUAAAAAAAAAUACAGUGAUGGUUAUAGCUCAAUAUCCUGGCGCAAAUCCAAGAAAGUGUUGGAAAUAGAAGGCAGAGACAGGAACCUGAUAACAGCUAAGUUGUGUACAAUGUUAUGUAAUGAUUUCGAUCCUGUACAGUCAAGCAAAAGCGACAACUAUUGCGAAUUCCCUUCCACAAGCAAUGAAAUGCUUGUUGAAUUGGAGGGCGUUAAACUCGAUGUAACAAUUACUGAGAAAGAUAUUCGU